AGCCACUGCGCCUGCGCACGAAAAGGUGCAACAGUGGCUGGAGAAAAACAACAACAUUCAUUGGAACAAGGGUGGAACUUAUGGCAGUGCGAGACGACACCAGAUUUCACUGAUCUAACCCACAUCUGAGCCCUUUUCACUUCGGUUUAAUCUGUAAAUGGUGUCGAGCCCAUGAACCUGGCCAGUCAGAGCGGAGAGGCCGGCUGCAGCCAGCUGCUCUUCGCCAACUUUAAUCAGGAUAACACUUCCCUUGCUGUUGGUACCAAGUCCGGGUACAAGUUUUUCUCCUUGUCAUCAGUGGACAAAUUGGAGCAAAUCUAUGAAUGUACUGACACAGAAGAUGUGUGCAUCGUGGAGAGGUUGUUCUCCAGCAGCCUUGUCGCUAUUGUCAGCCUUAAGGCACCUAGGAAGCUGAAAGUCUGUCAUUUCAAGAAAGGGACUGAGAUAUGCAACUACAGCUACUCAAACACUAUACUGGCUGUAAAACUAAACAGACAGAGAUUGAUAGUGUGUUUAGAGGAGUCACUCUAUAUCCACAACAUUAGGGAUAUGAAAGUACUACAUACCAUUCGAGAGACCCCGCCGAACCCUUCCGGACUAUGUGCCCUGUCAAUCAGUAAUGACAACUGCUACUUGGCCUAUCCGGGAAGUGCAACAAUUGGAGAGGUACAAGUUUUUGACACGGUCAAUCUGAGGGCAGCUAACAUGAUACCUGCCCAUGAUAGUCCACUAGCAGCACUGGCGUUUGAUGCAAGCGGCACUAAAUUGGCCACGGCAUCUGAGAAGGGCACUGUAAUCCGAGUGUUCUCCAUUCCAGAGGGCCAGAAGCUCUUUGAGUUCCGGAGGGGAGUAAAGAGAUGUGUGAGCAUCUGUUCCCUCGCCUUCAGCAUGGAGGGACUCUAUCUGUCUGCCUCGAGCAACACGGAGACGGUUCAUAUUUUUAAGCUGGAGACCCAGAGAGAGAAGUCAGUGCCUCAAGAGGAGCCCACUACUUGGACAGGAUACUUUGGGAAGGUACUGAUGGCCUCCACAACAUAUCUGCCUGCACACGUAACUGAGAUGUUCACUCAAGGAAGGGCGUUUGCCACAGUCAGACUGCCCUUUUCAGGUCACAAGAACAUCUGCGCACUGGCCAUAAUCCAGAAGAUCCCACGCCUGCUGGUGGCUGCAGCCGAUGGCUAUCUUUACCUGUACAAUCUGGACCCACAGGAGGGGGGAGAGUGCACACUAAUGAAACAGCAUAAGUUAGAUGGAAGUGCAGAGCCGGCGAAUGAAAUUCUUGAACAAACAGCUCACGACCGGCCACUUGUGGCACAGACCUACAGUGCUGCUGUUGCCAAAGGUUACACUGAGGAUCAGGGGGCUGUAGGGGGUGCUGGAGUGGAGGACGACAUGAACACCCUGCACCUGGACGAAGAGAACGAGCAGCCUCCGUUAAUCCUGGAAACAGACUGAGCCGCCGCCAGUCGCACCCUGGGCGGAAGAUGGAACCGACUGAGUGACAUUGCAGAGGAGAGUUUCCUCCUCUGGUGCUGCUAUGGACAUGUGUGACCUGAUAGAGAAAGGGAUUAAAAGAAAGAUCAUUUUAAAGCAAGCCUAGCUGUAGCCUUAUUCUGUCUGUUGUCGCGUAUAGAUGUCUCCCUUCCCCUACCCUUUGUGGCUUUAUAAAAACCCUGGUGAAUUUUCUUUGCUUUCCUUUUUUUAAUGCCCAGUUAUGUCCUUAAUCAGACCAAAAUAUGAAAUCCAAGCUGCAGGUGUCACGUUUCUUAGCUUUGCAUGUACAUGUGCCAAGAAUAGAAAUCCUAGAAAACCUUUGCUUUCAUGUGGAUGGUUCUGAUGUGUUUGCUGGCCAUUUCUCCUCUUGAACUUUGACAAACACUGCUGUGUUUGUGCAUCUGUGUCUUUUUUUAAUUGUGAUCGAAAGCGAACUGGCUUGCGCCGCCUGCUACUUCACCACACAACUGUGCAGUGUCCGCGUUGUGGAGUCUCUUCCCAAUCAUCAAACAUCUGUGGCUGUGCAAUGGCACCAAGAUGUGAAUAUUGUCCUGUAAUAACAAUGUAUAUGACGUGUUAACAAGACAGCCUGGUUACAGUUACUGUUUAAACAGUGUUUUUAUCAGGCUGAGAGGGUUGUUUUGCGUUUUAUUACUGCAUCUGUAUGUGUAUGUGCACAUGCUUUACAAUACUCUCUUUUAAUUAAUCCCAUGCCACAUUAUGGGUAAUGUGGAGAUCAAAACGUCCUUUCUGGCUUUCAAUUACCCCUAGUGUCUUCAUACGGCCCGAUUUCUUUGGAGAAUUUUCAUUAUUUUAAGUUACAAACACUUCAGUAACCUCAAUAGUAGAACUGAUGACUGAAGGCAUUGACGAUGAGUAUGAUUUCAAAAGGCAGUCUGUAAUCAACUUGUUUCUAGGACAUUGUUUUAUUCUUAAUGAAUGAAGGAAGGAAGGAAGUUGAAGUCAAGCCCUGUCUCUUUGGUUUAUUCUCAAUACCAGCAGCUGACGAUUGCUCACGAGCCUCAUUUUAGGUAGGUUCCUAUUUUGAAGGCCUUGAAUAUAUUUCACUAAAAACAUAAAUCUUUAGUAAAAGGUUGUGGCGUUUAGCUUACAAAUGGGGUUUGUUCUCUCAGACAUCCCUGAGGACUGCAGUCUGAACAAACAGGUCACACGGUCUGGCAGUUGAAUCCAGAACAGGUCAAAUGUUUAAUGUGAUAUCCAGGGUUCUUUUUAAAAAAAUGUGAGGACCAGGGUUUAUGAAUGUGAUUUAUCAAAUAUUCACUAAACAAUGUUAGCCAGUGUGUCCAAAUAAGGACACAGAGCAAACAAACAAUGUAGGCAUUUGGAGAUACUGCCUGAAUUCUACGCGCUCUAAAGAAUCUUGAGAUCAUUUUUAUGCAUGAUUGUCUCUUGAGCAUGUUUUGAUGUUGCAUAUCAACAAAUGUCAACGUCAGUAAUAAAUUGACUUGCGUCCUCAUCAGCCAAUGAGCUCUAAUCCCCCAAGGCCACCUUAAUCUGUUUUCUAAUGAUUUUUGUAUAAAAUGUAAAUUGUUCCAUAUAAAGAUUAAAUAAAUCCUCUGUUGAAAAUG